AUGAAAUUCACAAAUGGGUUUCCAUGUGUUGAUUUCGUUUGUGCAGCAUGUGAAGUGAAUUUGGUUUUGGAUACGCUCUUGGCGGCUGCUUCGCAAGCGCAAUUAAGAAAGAUUUGUCACUUAAAUAAUCUAUUAGAACAUUACUUGGAGCCAAUGAAACGUGAAACAUUCCUGUCAAAUGCUGAAAUUAAUGCGCUGUUCGGUAACAUCCAUGAAAUUGUGACAUUCCAAAGACAAUUCUUGCAAAAUCUAGAGGAAGCACUUGAACUAGAACCCGACUUUCAUAAAUUUGACCAUUCCAGUCAGUUCCGGAACGUACUGUUUGCGAUUGGUUCCGCUUUCCUUUACUAUGUAAAUCAUUUCAAAUUAUAUUCUUCGUUUUGUGCUAGUCACAGUAAAGCGCAGAAAGUUUUACAUCCGAGUCCCAAUUACAAUAACUAA